AUGUUGAUGCACGCAACUUCAGAUACGGAAGACUCUGCGACGCAAAAUCUCUGCGGAGUCUGCUCAGCAAAGUUUGAAUUCGAGAGCAAAGCAUCCGGCAGGGCGCAUCAAGAGCAGCUCAAGGAGGUCGAGACAGACUCAGACGCGGCAGGGGAAGGGGAGGGCCGCCCCCCCAACCCGGACCCGAGCUCGACCCGCCCGUUCCUGAGCCGCGAGGGAACGCACAAGCUCUACAGACAAGUGGAGAGUGACAUUUUCUACGCCAGGCAGUUCGUUGUGGCCAAACUCCGACACUUUAUUGGCCAGAUAACAGACAAAGAGGAGCGGGAACGUCUUGCCGGGGUUGUGGAGGAUCUCAAACACAACUUCAGAGUGACCCAGUACGACCUCUGGCGACUCGGCAACGUGUCUGGCCUGCAUGACUGGCAGAAGGGUGAGGUACAGGCGCUCAACGACCUCAUACAGCACCGAAUCCACGUGUUGCAGAAUCCUCCUGACUGUAAAUCGGCCAAGAAAAUCACCUGUAGACUCCCAGUCCAUCUGAAGGGAGUGCUGCCUGUACUCAGCAAUGGGAUCCGACUGAACAAAGAAUCGGGAAUAUCAAAGACUCGCGGGGCCUGCAGUCAGCUCCACCACCUCACCUACUGCUUCCUCGCCGCCUACGGGACCCAGAGGACGCUCGUCAUCAGUGAAAUGCACUCGUACCUUGACAUGAGCUCCUACUUCCUCCCCGUCAGCGCCACUUGCGCCAAGGCCCAGUGGGGCGUCAGGUGGCCAGGCUUGGGGAUUGGAAAUGCAAAAGCACAGAGGACGCCCUGGUGGUUGCAGUUCCCCGACACGGACCGACCCGUCCCGAGGCCGAACUACCUGCCCAGGUCAGUGCCGCGGGACUUCGCCGAGCGCCUGGCGAGCUUCCACGGCGACCCCUUCGCCUGGUGGAUGGGGCAGUUCAUGAAGUACGCCAUGAGGAUGAACCGGGGAUUCCAGGAGGCCGUUGAGAAGCUCGGCGCCCGCCUUGGCUUCGAGGGUCCUGUUGUUGGAGUGCAAGUCAGAAGAACAGACAAGCUGCUUCACGACUCCAGACUCAUAGGACUGGAGGAAUACAUGGAGGCCGUCGACGACUUCUACAACGACCUGGAGGUUCGGGGGACGACGGUGACGACUCGCAAGGUCUACCUGGCCACAGACGACCCGCAGGUCCUCAAGGAAGCCAAGGAGAAGUUCCCUCGCCACGCCUUCGUGUUCAACGAGGAGAGCGUCGCCUCCGCCAGCAUGAGGCAGCGGAGGAGUGACGCCAACAUGAGGAAUCUUAUGAGCGAUGUUUACUUCCUCUCUCGCUCGGAUUUCCUCGUCUGUGGCAUGUCGUCCAACAUCUGCCGCCUGGCCUACGAGCUCAUGCAGACCCUCCACGCGGACGCCACCUGGAGGGUCUUCUCCGUCGACUCACCUUAUUGGUUCCACUACCAGAGCGGCCACGAGGUGGAGGCGAGGCUCCCCCACACGCCUCGCAGGAGCGGCGAGAUCACGCUGCAGAAGGGAGACCGCGUGAAGGGAGGCUCACUGAAGCAACUACACAUACGCAAACGCCACACGUAA